CCCACGCGCUUCAACAAGAAGAAGAAGAAGCUGAAGAAGAAGAACACGCACUUCACCUCUGUGUAAACAUGACUCAGCUGUAAGUGAGCAGCGCAGGAGACCACGCGCUGUCUGUGAAUGUGCUUCAAGUGUGAGGGACACUUCACCCGUGGCACCGGCGGGGGGUCGAGCCCUUGGAUGCAGCGGCCGGGGGUCGGCGCGUGAGCCCCGCAGGAUCCACCUGUCUUAGGGGCGACCACGGCUCCUCCAGCGGCUCCUCCAGCGGCUCCCGUGUGGAUGAGGAAUAUGUCUCCGGAGAUGCUGCUGCUGGUGCUGAUGCAGAUCCUGUGGGUUUUACCUGGGACCGGAGCGGCUCCUCCUGUGAGCCCGGAGCAGCUGGACACCGGGGUGGACUGGCUGAGCAGGUUUGGCUACCUCCCGCCCCCCGACCCAGUGACUGGUCAGCUGCAGACCAAGGAGGCCCUGACCAAGGCCAUCAAAGCCAUGCAGAGGUUCGGAGGCCUGAAGGAGACCGGAGUCUUCGACCCAGCCACACUGGGUCUAAUGAAAACACCCAGAUGUUCUCUGCCAGAUGUGUCUGAGGCCGAGGGGACGUCGGGCCGCAGCAAACGAAGCGCGACCCCUCAGAACAAAUGGAAUAAGAGGCAUCUCUCCUGGAGAGUGAGGACCUUCCCUAAGGAUUCAGCCGGACUGGGCAGGGACACCGUUCGAGCCCUGAUGUACUACGCCUUGAAAGUCUGGAGCGACAUCGCGCCGCUCAACUUCCACGAGGUGGCCGGCAGCGACGCCGACAUUCAGAUCGACUUCACCAAGGCCGACCACGACGAUGGGUAUCCGUUUGACGGGCCGGGGGGCACCGUGGCACACGCGUUCUUCCCCGGGGAGAGGUUCACCGCCGGGGACACGCACUUUGACGACGACGAGGCGUGGACCUUCAGAUCGCCAGACUCCCAUGGCAUGGAUCUGUUUGCGGUUGCAGUCCAUGAGUUCGGUCACGCCAUCGGCCUGGUCCACACCUCCGCCAUCGAGUCCAUCAUGAGACCGUACUACCAGGGUCCCGUAGGAGACCCUCUGAAAUACGACCUGCCCUAUGAGGACAAGGUCCGCGUCUGGCAGCUCUACGGGGUCAGAGACUCGGUGUCCCACACCAAUCGACCAGCGAACCCCUCGCAGACAGCUGAGCCUCCCGUCCUGCUGGACCUCCCUGAGAACAGAUCAACUGUCUUCCUGGCACGAGACGCCCCAGACAGAUGCUCCAGUCACUUCGAUGCCGUGGCGCAGAUUCGCGGGGAGGCCUUCUUCUUCAAAGGGAAGUACUUCUGGAGGCUAACGCGAGAGAAGCAUCUGGUUUCUCUUCGCCCGGCUCAGAUCCAUCGCUUCUGGAGGGGCCUGCCGCCCAAUCUGGACGGUAUCGAUGCCGUGUACGAGCGACCAGGGGACCACAAAAUUGUGUUCUUUAAAGGUCUCAAGUACUGGGUGUUUAAAGACAAUAACGUGGAGGAAGGUUACCCCCGUGCGAUCAGUGACUUUGGUUUGCCCCUGGAAGACAUCGACGCAGCGUUUGUUUGGCUGCACAACGACAAAACCUACUUCUUCAAGGACAACAAGUACUGGCGCUACGACGACCACCUGCGGCGCAUGGACCAGGGCUACCCCAAAGACAGCUCGCUGUGGAAGGGGCUGCCGCCACAUCUGGACGACGCCAUGAGGUGGUCGGACAGCUCGUCCUAUUUCUUCAAGGGGAAGGAGUACUGGAAAGUUCCGGGCAGUGACAUGGAGGCGGAGGCAGGUUACCCCCGCCUCAUCGCCAAGGACUGGCUGCUGUGCACGGAGAUGCAGUCGGACUCUCCCGACGCGGAGCCCAAGAGCACGGAGACGAGGGUCAACGUGCACCGCCAGCCGGACCACGCGGAGAACGGGUACGAGGUGUGCUCCUGCACCUCGGACUCCGCCUCGCCUUUGGGCGCCCGCCCCUCCCCCCUCUGGCUGCUGCCACCGCUCUGGACGCUCUCGCUGGCCCUCAGCUCCAAACUGCUAUGAUACCAAAGCACGGGACCAAGUUCUCAAGCUGAGGCGCAAGAGACAGACUCUCCAGAGGAGGGCCGGGAGAUGCAAAAUACAAACUCUACCAUUUGUUCAUAUAAAUAUCAAUUGGUAUGUUUUUUGCGGUUGUUUCGCUGUUAUUUAUUUCACAUGCCAUUCGGUGUCAUCUAAAGCGCCUUCCAGCUCAGUAAGGCUAGUGCAUACAGAUAUCAUGUUAUUAUACUAGGGCAUCCCUAGUAGAUGUCUAUUCACUGACAAGGACAGUGGUAGAACCAUCCUUACACAGAAACACAACUUCUAUUCUUUUGCCUCUCAACUGGCUCAACUCUUUCUGCGGGGAAAACAAAUUGAUGAUUGGGACUUGAUGUGUUCACUCUAGAUAAGGAAGUAUUCUAACAGCACCAAUGAUAAUAACUUUCUUUCAUGUACAAGUUUACAGCAAUAAUGAAUGGCCCUUUGGGAUGUAAGCAGAGAGACACAGGUACAGAGGUCUGGAUGAGAAGAUCGAACGCUAACGUCUGUACGCUAAACAGGAAGCGACAGUCGGGAGAUGGUUAGCUUAGCUCAGCAUGAAGACUGGAAACAAGAGGAAUACAUAUUUAUAUUACUGUUUAAGUCAUGUUUAUUUUUACUGUAAAACAACAUGUGGGUACACAGGCUCGACCAAUCAUGUCAAAUUACGAGUUAACACCAAACAUGAUCACUUAAACAUACUUCAGUGUGUUAAGGAAAUAUUUGAACUUUGUAGUUUGGUCCAUGUCCCAUCCAACGACAUGCAGGAAGAAGGGGCCUAUACCGUAGCUAGCCACAAGGGGGCGUUCAAGAUUAUUUUGCUUCACUAUUGGAGUGCCACUAUAUCGUCCAUCUUCACAGUCCAUAGUUUCUCUCUGUUUCCAGACCUUCUGUCUAGCCAAGCUGAACCAAACCCGGGUGUGGCCUUGUUUUUAAAUCUAUUAAUCUUAUUACAACCGUAUUCUCUGUAACGUCUGUUGCUUUAGGCGGCGCCUGGUGAGCAGAGCCUGCUCGCCAAGCUGCUCACUGCCUCCCAGCGUUCACCAGUGAAAUUGGUUACAGUCAAGGAUUUGGUCACGGCCGCAGUCGGGGUUUCGGGUCCAUCAAUCCAUCACAGAGGCAGGACUUUAAAUCAGUCCGACAGGAGGAGCUGCCUGGAAGACUUAGAGCAGGGCAAAGAGUGACAUUAGAAGCAUAGAUCCUGUGGUUUGACGGGUGAGUGACACGCCGGCGUGCAUCGAGGCGGACAGGUGAAAGGUACGCUGGGAUGUAGAGUUUCUAGAUAGCUAGGUUUACAGAUGAUAGGCCCCAUGGGAGGUGGACAGAAAGACUCAGGAAUGGCAUCCUGGGAUGUCGACUGGUGAGAUGAACAGCCUCAGCAGUCAGACAGGUGGAAAGCUUCCAGUGCGGCUCCACAGAGAAAAGUUCACGCUGGGAUGUGGGGAAGGGAAGACAAAUGAAUGAUUUCCUGUUUGACAGGAGAUCCCAGACUUUCUUUUAACGUCAUUAUCCUCCAGUUAAUCCCUCUGCUGUUCUCCCGCCUGCUGGAGGAACCGCUGUAUCUCCACCAAUUCAUCAUUUAACACAUUCAGAGGCAGUAUUUGGUUUGGUUGUAUUUUUUGGGUAAUAAAUAUGGAUAGAUUGUGAUUCCAUAUUGCUUCGAUCAGAUUAUCGUCCACUGAGCCUUUUCUCUUCGUCAGUCCAAACUCCUAUUGGUGACGUCCUUCGCCGACCUCACCGGAUAGAUUUACAGUAUUCUUCUUGCAGAUAUAUUUACCUACAGUUUAAAUAUAGACACAGAUAUAUUUGAGUUGAGAUAUUCCAUGGUUUCUGCAAAAAAAUAAAUAUACAGAUGGACUGUGUAUAUUUCAAGCUGUGGUUUUUUUAAUGUAAAAUAUUUUUGUAGAAAAAAUAAAAAGA